GUUAGGAAGGGAGUAUCUACUUCCCCGUAGAGAUCGGCACCUUUCCUGAACAUUAAACGCAUUUCCUUUAGUCUCACUGUGUAAUCCCUUUUAUUAUAGUACAAAAUGAUAUAAAAUGUAGAUAUAAUCAAAUUAAUUGCAUAAAAAGUAGACCAUGCAGCAUUGCACGUAUUGCUAUAGUACUCGGUGGCUCUCUGUGGGAUUCUGUACCACGGUCGCGGCGUUGGCCCUGUUUACCUGUUGGACGUUCGCUUGAUAAUACAGCAACAAGUAAGUCAGCCUCUUUCACGAGCAUUCUAAAAGACAUUAUUGGGAAAGGAUACGGAAGGAUGUGACACUGGUUAAGACCAUUUACUAAUUUUCUAUAUAAUGGAUUAGAUUUACAUUUAUACAUUACAUUAUGUUGUAGGGGAUGCCGGGGUAGGUGUUAAAGAACACUACACAGAUUUAAACAUACAGCUUCCUAUGCAAUCGAUAGAGUCAAACUCCUUGGGUGAAAAGGUAGAAGUAACUCCUCCUCAGUGUCCACCCGACCAUCAUUACUGAUUGUCAUCAUUUCAUGGAGAUUCAAAAGCUAAUUUUGACCUAAAACAUUAAAUCACUCACGGAUACACAUAUGUAAGAUUAUCGGUGUGCAUAACUGUUAACAUCAUAAGUUGGUUUUCAAAUAAAUGAAAACAAUAAAUAUUGUUUGUGCAGUAUUAGUGCAUAUGGGUGUUUCUGUGUGUGAAACCUAUGUAAACACAUGUGAAUGUCUUGGUGUACUGUCAUUGUCUGAACAAUGACAUAUGUGUUGGAGCUAAUGUGUGUGCACUGUCAGUAAAUGUAUGCCAGUGCUGCUUUAUGUGCACAUUUGUGUGCAUGUCCAUGUACUGCGUGUGUGGUUUUUGCACUGUCUUUAUGUGGGUGCAAUUUUUGUAUGUGUAUCUAUAUUGUUUUUACGCUAUGUGUGUGCAUUGUAAGGGCAAACAGAAUUUGGUCACAAUAUCUUUAAAGGCCCACCAAACCCAACCAGACUAAUAGGGAGUUGAUGUGUUGAUGAGACGUCCUUGGAUAAUAUUCAUAAUGUAAAUACUGUUCCGGUAAUGUAACACUAUUAAGUAUAGAAAUAAAUUGACUAGACACAGUCAAAUAACCUAGAGAUGAUGCACAAAUCUAUUUGAGAUUAUUUGCUAAAGAUAUAUAUCACACUACAUAAACCAUCAGGGAUUUAUUUGAAAACAAAUGCCUCUCAGAUAUAAUAAAUUAUUUUAAUUGGCUGUGUUAAACUGAUAUUAGAGUAAAUAAUAAACAAAAUGGAUCUGUACACUUAAUAAAAGUCACAUAAAAUCAAGGACAUAAAGCGUUGGUCUAGAUGAUGAGUUUCACAUUUGUUCAUGGUUUAGCAGUUGAACAUUUUCUGGACUCAUGAUAACAAACAUUGUUCUUUAACCGCUAAAUUACAAAAUAGUUAUUUUGUUGUUGUUUUUUUAAAUGGUUUUUAAGAUUCACCACUUUAGUAAAUAAUUUCAACUAUUCUUUUUGUUUGCACGUCGUUGCGUACAAUGUCUCUCUAUUCGGCCAUUUUUGUUGUGCAUGUUAUAACAAAAGAACUUGCACAGCCACAACAGCAUGGGCAAGUACAAUAAUGACAGUAGAGAAAGACAUCAUCAUGGCAUAUGUAAAACAGCACAAAUUUUUAAAAGAAACUAAUAGGUUACGAUAGGUAAUUGCGCAAAUACAAGACAUGCCUACCCACUGGGUAUGUUAAUGGUUCAGACAGUGUGCUAUACCCAGGGGCCCAGCUCAGUAACAUGUUAGGCCUACACAUUAUUCAUCGUAUAGAGUAGUGAGAGCUAUACAGUCCUGUAUAGCAGCCUCAGGUCAGAGGUGUUCAUGCACAGAUUAGGUCAAACAUCAGAGUUUAGUAUGUGCUAAAACAGUUGCUUUACUGGGUAUGUGUCUAUGGUUCAAUGUAGAACUGACUGUAUAAUUAAACAAAUAUAAAUAAUAGAUAAACAAUGUUUAAGCCAUGCAUGUAGUUUUAACUGUGUCAGUUAACGCAUGUAGUCAUUGCUAGUCAAGUAAUUAGGCUAGUGCAGUGUAGCUUUUCGUACAUACUGUUGUGUUUGAGCCCUCGAACGUCCCUUCACAGGUAGCCCUUCAUGUGCAACUAGGUACUUAAAAACGUGCCUGCAAAAAGAGCUAAAUUAAUGUACUGGGCAAGCACAAAGUCACAUAAGCUGGAUCCUCAGUAGGAGGCACCUCUGUUUUCCGCUGGCUGUGAAGUGUUGUCCGACGGUCAGAGGAGCGGGUCAGGAAGCUGGUAUGUUCAUGGCGGUGGGUCUUGCUUAUGACUGGCAGUGGUGUAUCAGUCCUGAACUUGGUUUGGAGUGUUCACCCCACCCUUGUGCUUGGGAACAGGUAGGUGUAUGCCUGAGGAGGGGCUGGAUCGGCGUGCUUCAUGGUGGCUCUCCCGCCCCAGGCCCUGCAAGGGGUCCGCUUUAAAUGGCCACAGACUCAGGGGCUCUUGUCUGAGUCCGGGUCAUUCCGGCGUGGGGUGUGCCAGAGGCCCCCGGUGUGCUUGCGCCUCACAUGGCGGGGGGCUUUCUGUCGUGGUGGCCUGAGCGUGGGGUGUUACCCCUUGUUGGCCCUCAGCCCGGGUGGGCCCUGUCUGCUGGUGGUCAUGGCUCAUGGGUUGCGAGUGCCCAGAGGGCGUACCUGUGCAAGCCGCUCUUUACCCCUCUGGUGGCUCCCCCGGUUUUGUGCUCGUGUGGGUUUGAUCCGAGCUUCAGGCUGUGCCCAGAAGCGGAGGAAGAGCUUGUUGAGCCAUUGUUCCAAGCUUACAUGUGGGGCUGUGAUGGUUGGUGGUUCAGGUAAGUUCAGUCCUGUGUGGCCAUCCGCCAUUUUGUGGGAGCACAUGGCGGUCCAGGCCCUCACCACCAUGCCAGCUCGCUGGAGUCAAGGGUAUGUGAGGCAGCCAGUGGGGACCGGGAUAACCCCCGCUGGUCCAGAGGGGGGUUGGGGGGAGAUGUCUGUACCCACAGCAGCCUGUGGCAGUGGGGCAGGGCAGCAGCCGUCUACCCCGUCCUCCGCUCAACGAGGCCGCGUUCCACGGGAGGCUGCUGGAUCGGCCCGAGCUUUAGCUUGUCUGUUGUGGGGUCAGGCAGUGCUUUUCCCCCUUUUUCAGUCCAUUUGUUGCACAAUUAGUGUUUAUUUUAUCUGUUUUAGGCCACGGGAGUCAGGAGCUCAGGGAACCUGCGUCUGAUCAGUUUGGCGGCUUAGCCCCGCCCCCCACACCUGCAUUUUUAAUUGUUACUUUGAAGUGGGAUGGUGAUCCACACACUUUCAAGGAGCUUUGAUAGGUUUAUGAAAAACAAUAAAAAGGAUUAAAGUACUUUUCUUUGAGAAGGUCCCCAGGAAGAAGUUUAGAAUACAGUCCACCCAUUUGGCACACAAAUAGUCACAACUGUAAUUUUAUUACAUGGCAUGAUAUCUGCUGUUUCUCUGGACUUUCCUCACCAUUUUUUUCCUCACUCCACCGACCAUCAAGGUUUGCACCUAUCGCCAGCGCCCAUUUUAUUUGCGAAUUGCACAUGGAGUGUUAGUUCAGAGCUCCGUCUUAAGGAGUUCUUCAUUUCUCCUCCAUUAAGUUUUAACAGUUUAUCAAGGGUGAGCCCCUUCAAUGUAUAUAUUUUUAUGACACUGGGCCUAUGUUUGUUUUUUUGUGUGGGCGAGCCCCAUAUUUGUCUACCCACAGACACCCACAUUGCUGGGUGAGCCACUGCUGCCCAUAUAUACUUGGAUGAGCUCCAAAAUAACCUGCCAUAUAUUCCAGUGCUUGUGUAUACCCCACUACUAGUGGGUGCAACACUUUCAUUUUAAAUUUACUCCGGGUGAGCCCCAGUGCACAAAUAAUUAUAUAAUUUUAAACUGGUUUUGUUAGUUUGCAUACUGAGUACUAGUAAUUGUACUGAUUACCAUGGAUGACUCUCUGAUGCAUACCACAGGAUUCUUAAUGCCACUGUUGGCAUUGGUUCAGAGGGCGUUGUCCAAAGUGUUGCCUCCUGCUUCUUCAAUCAGGUCACCAACUGCCCCUAAUCCCCAACAAGAGAAAGGUCUUCUGACGACUCUGCAAAGUCAGAUCGCUCCAUUCAGAUCUCCGAGUAGCUGGCAAAUAAGCAUUGGAAGAGUGUGCUUAGCAGAUCCGGUAAAUUUAAAGUCAAAGCUCCAGCUAAGUAUGCAAAAGUUAACUCCACCCCUAAGGUUUAAAGGUUCAUGUACGCUCAUCAGAUAAGGAAUAUUCAUGUCGCCUACAAUAGAGAUGGUUGAUUAAUGUCAGACGGACCAAUUUGGAUCAGAUCAGGAGGAGGAUUAUUUCACUAAACAAAAUUCAGGCACCAAAUAUGACCACAAAAAUUUAGUGGGAGAUUCUCAGUUAGUUUAUGUUCCUGUUAACACAUUUUAAAAUAUUUGGCUCCAGAAAUCUCUAAAUUUCUCACCUUGCCUGGUAAGGUGGCAUUGGCGCCUGAUUUCAAUUAGCCUAUCAUCAUGUUCAUGGCACAUUCCAUUGCCAUGAACGUGAUAGGUUUAAAACUGGCACAAGAUAAGUUUCUUAAUACCACUGGCCCUAUGGCACAAAUAUGUUCAUGGCUGACAAGGCCUAUGCCAAAGGUGCAGCCUUUGACCGCAAUGCUAUCAGAGAAUGGGCACCAAGAUGUAUAUGUCUCAUUGGCAAUGUUAAUGUGGCACUCUCCUGCAAAAGGCCAUCUUAUUAUCUACUGAUGCUAAGUUGGCUGAAUUAAGUACAAGGAAACUUGUCCAUAAGGAAAGAGGCAUGCUUUUUGGCGAUGAACUUCUAAAAGAAUUGCAGAAACAUGUGAACAUAUUUUCAUCACUCAACAAGUUUAGACGUUACUGAGAAAGAUCUGUCGACCACAAAAAAGUAGUGUUUUUUUCAGGGCUGGUCAGCAACGGGGUCCUGCCACCAGCCGACUUUGGUUUACAGACCCUUGGUCAUACUAACCACUGCCUGACACUCCAUCUGAUCAAUGCUGAAAUGCAGGAACUUCACAAAGAGGCGAUACAACCUGCUCAUGAUCAUGCAGCUGCAUGUUCUGUUGCCGUGCAUAGCCAAUAAUUCCUAUGCUUCCUUUGGAAGGGCCAUUAAUGGUAGGUCACCUGCCUCCCUUUUGGUGUCGACCCCAUGGUGCUUCACCAAAUUAUUUAAGCCGCUGAUAGCAUCAGACAUACAGAUUUUCUGUUUCAAGUCUUCUCACCUUUGACAUGAGACUCUGUAUGUAAUUAAUCUCUUUGAAAUGUUGCUCCAGGCCAGGAUGUCCAAUUCUUAAGAUUCGAGAUUGAUGAAAAUGUGCACCUUCUGGAGUUACUACUAUCAAAGGUCAGAGCAAUCCGGAAGGAACGUCGACAGAUCCUACAACUGGAAAUUAUUCUUCUGUGUUUGUUGUCUCAUGUCAUAGGUCUUCUUUUCGCCUCUAUACAGGUGAUAUUUCCAUGUUCAUUACACUAAUUAGCGAUGCCACAUCUCAAGGCCAAAUUACUAAGGACCUCUCUAUCUUGCAAUCAAUUGCUUCCUCUUACCCUAGAUGUUUGUGGAGAACUUCUUUUGUGGCUAAGAAACAUUCAGGUCUGGAAUGGCUGAGCAAUUUUCAGACCCGUCCAAGACUUUCUUAUAGAGUUGGACACCAGUCUGCGGGGUUGGGGUGCAACAUGCGCAAAUCAACCUGUGGGAGGAGUGUGGCCCUGGAGGAAUUGUCCAUCCAUAUCAAUUAUCUGGAAUUCAUUGCGGGGCUCAUUGCCAUAAGCAGUCUGGUCAGGCAUUAUAGACUGUUGUGUUCCAUUAUGAAUACGCUGUACGUUCUAUAAACAAUCACAAUUAUCACAAUUACUUGCAAUAACUGGCCUGAGAGUAUCCACUAACACAUAGAAUAAUUUUAUUUUCAGAAUUUUUUCCCCCAAUAUCUUUAUUCAACACAGUCGGCACAGACAUUUUCCAGAUUUUACAUUAAUUUUCUUUGCAUAUUUUGCAUGUUUUGCAUUUUUUUUUUUUAAAGAGGCGGUUAACCUUCAUCCUAGAUUGCUCCUUUAAGGCUAUACAAUACAGAAAUGUUUUUAUGCUUGUCCCAAUUCACAGCCAUUAUAUAAAACCACUGCUUCCUACUUUACAACGAGUCUCUCCCCUGGAGGACAAAAUGCUUACGGCAAAAGGACACUGGUCUGCACAUCAGCUUGCUACAUGGAAAGAGCCUGAAGCUGGCCUGGGGUGAUGUUUAGUACCAUUGAUAGGCUACAAAUAUAAACAUGCAAUAUCUUAUUCAAUGGGAGACACACGGGGCUGACCUAAAAAUAGUAGAAAGUUAAUGAUUUUAAAAGAUUUUAAAAGAUUCUCGCAAUAUAUGUAAUUGUGUCUUGGAGCCCAGGAUUUGAAGAUAAUUCGAAGACUUGUUUGUUCAUCUUGGGGGUUGAAUCUCUGAACAGCCAGCAGUAGAGACUAAUAACGUUGGAAGAUGGAAAAGUCACCUGCAAGAUGGAGUUGUUACCACUGCUAUGCAUAAAAUCUAUAUAAUACAUUACAAAAAUUGGUGGCAAAUCUGGCCCGUUGUAGACAUUUAAACCACUCUAGUAAUAUUUUACAUGUUAAGGCAGGGUUGUCCACAUGGUUUUGUUAUUUGUGACGUUAGUUAUCCCUUAUAUUAUAUCACUAUGUUAUCUAUAAAUUAUAUGUAUGGUCAAUAUGACAAGGUCCUGUAUAGAGGUGAUUCAGGAACUGGACCUUCUCCGUGGUCUAGCAUGGAGGGGGAAACAACUGAGAAGGUGUGAAUAAAGAGGGUUAGGGAAUGAUGGAAGGAUCAGGUGGUAAAGGGGCUAUAAGUUUUGAAAGGUUAAAGCUGAUGAAGUGAAGGUAAUAGAUUAAGGGGAUGAAAGGAACAAGGAAAUUAAGUGGGCAAAAUAUAUAGCGAUCAAGAGAAAGAGAAGACAUAUUAUUUGGUAGCAAAACCUCAAUUUCCAACUUGGCAAUUACAGAUUAAAAAGAAUCUCUUGGUGGUUACAAUGUUUCAAAAUGAUGUUAAAGAGCAGGGUUCUGUUAGUUACCUUAGGUGAUGAAAAAAAUCUUGGCAUCUAAAUUGAACUACAUUUCCAUCUUUAAGAUGGGUUAGAGCCAGUAUGGUCACUGUCAAACGUAGUAAAUCGAAUCUAGUGAUUCCAAAUUAUAUAUUUAAAUUUAUUUAAAGAGCAUUCCAGGCAGCUAAAUGUCAAAUGUUAGGUCCAAAGUGUAGAAAAGGUUAGUUUAGUUAGCUAUUAUUUUCCUAUUAAUUUGCUUUAAUAGUUUUAGUAUUUAAUAAAAUUAGCUCCAUGGCCCGAGCCUUCUUUGCCCCUACCUCCAACCUACAGAAUUCUCAUUUUUUCUUUAAUAAUCCAGGUCACAUCACAGAUAACUGGAUAGUAAAGGAUUAUAUCAUAGUUCCGUUUUCAGCUUGCUACUGAAAUCUGUCCACCCCACUUUUUGUUUUUUUAAUACACUUUUGCAUUUAAGGUCUGAUAAAGGGGCUUGUACUGUUAGGAUUGAAUAUACCAAUAGACAUGCAUCAUUUCUUGACCCAGCUAUGCCAGUGGUAUGGUCUUAUAAACCAUAUUGUGCCUGCAUAGCAAAGAAAAUCUUCUGUCUUUUUGGAGACUGAUUGUUGUCAGUUACGCUGUGUUUGAAAAACUGGUAUGGCUGCACUAGUCCGUUAUUCUUUUCCAUUAGUAUAUUGCACUAUGAUGGACUCCUCGCCUCUUUUUGUGACUGAUUUUUUUUUUUUUAAAUACCAAUUUAAUGGUAUAGCGGGUUUAAAAAAAAAAGUGUUAAUCUUACAACAUCUCAGCCAUAAACCCUAAGCUGUGAAAAAAUUAAAUUAAACCACAAAUCACUUCUGCGUUCCCGAGUUUAAUCUGCGGAUAUGCUCAACAAUGGGAGCUGUUAAAGUUGCCUUUGUUGCUCUUUUAUACUUUAAGAAGCUAUAAUCUCCCAUGCGAUAUCACGCUGUAAAUAAGACACUGGUUUUUCAGUCGCACUCAUUCACAGGUAAGAGAGAGAUCACAUUCGCAGCAGACGUACCAUUGUUGGCUUGUAUAGAAAAUAUUCACAAGAUCUAUUAUUUAGUUUUAUUUUGACAUUACACACUAAAUGUAAAAGCCUUAAAUCAAAUGCACUAUUCUUAAAACUGUUCCCGUGAUCCUUUGAUCUGUCAGCUUCGCCUGCUUGGCUUUAGAGAAGCGAAGGGUGCUGUCAUUAUACAGUUCCUUUCUGUAGACUUGGAUUUGAAAAAAAUUGUAAAAAACUAAUUAUUGUCUUUACGAUUUGUCAUGCACUUGAAAGGUACAUUGUUGCAUCCUUCAUCACAAGUUAACUCAAUGGAGGAAGACUUGGAUAAGGAUCCGAAAGGGAUCCUAGACAUUACACAUUCUUAGCAUGGACUUAAUUAAACCCAUAAACCAGCAUUUGACCAGGGAAUUGCAAGCCCAGCCAUAAAAAAGAGGAGUGCAGAAUUAUUCGGCUAUAUUGGCCUAAAUAUUUUAAUUCCAUCCAAGUAUUUACCAUACGGAGAUGGUAUCUAAAUUACAUGGUUAAAGGCAGUCAGCUUUGGAAAUGACAAACAAGUAACAACUUGAGACAAAUCUUUGCUUCUUCCAGUACUGGAUUUCAUACAAAGGAAAAGUGCUGGCUAAAAGACAGUAGGAGAUAACUGUCCAGAGGUCAGAUAGACUAAUAUGGGGGGAGAAAGGGGAGGCUGUCCGUGGUACUGAUAGGAUGUUAUACAGUGGGAGGAGGCUGUCCGUGGUACUGAUAGGAUGUAAUACAGUGGGAGGUGGCUGUCCGUGGUACUGAUAGGAUGUAAUACAGUGGGAGGUGGCUGUCCGUGGUACUGAUAGGAUGUUAUACAGUGGGAGGUGGCUGUCCGUGGUACUGAUAGGAUGUUAUACAGUGGGAGGAGGCUGUCCAUGGUACUGAUAGGAUGUUAUACAGUGGGAGGUGGCUGUCCGUGGUACUGAUAGGAUGCAAUACAGUGGGAGGUGGCUGUCCGUGGUACUGAUAGGAUGUAAUACAGUGGGAGGAGGCUGUCCGUGGUACUGAUAGGAUGUAAUACAGUGGGAGGUGGCUGUCCGUGGUACUGAUAGGAUGUAAUACAGUGGGAGGUGGCUGUCCGUGGUACUGAUAGGAUGUAAUACAGUGGGAGGUGGCUGUCCGUGGUACUGAUAGGAUGUAAUACAGUGGGAGGUGGCUGUCGUGGUACUGAUAGAAUACAGUGGGAGGUGGCUGUGGUGAUAGGAUGUAAUACAGUGGGAGGGAGGCUGUCCGUGGUACUGAUAGGAUGUAAUACAGUGGGAGGAGGCUGUCCGUGGUACCAGUGGGAGGUGGCUGUCCUGGUACUGAUAGGAUGAAAUACAGUGGGAGGUGGCUGUCCGUGGUACUGAUAGGAUGUAAUACAGUGGGAGGAGGCUGUCCGUGGUACUGAUAGGAUGUAAUACAGUGGGAGGAGGCUGUCCGUGGUACUGAUAGGAUGUAAUACAGUGGGAGGAGGCUGUCCGUGGUACUGAUAGGAUGUAAUACAGUGGGAGGAGGCUGUCCGUGGUACUGAUAGGAUGUAAUACAGUGGGAGGUGGCUGUCCGUGGUACUGAUAGGAUGUAAUACAGUGGGAGGUGGCUGUCCGUGGUACUGAUAGGAUGUAAUACAGUGGGAGGAGGCUGUCCGUGGUACUGAUAGGAUGUAAUACAGUGGGAGGUGGCUGUCCGUGGUACUGAUAGGAUGUAAUACAGUGGGAGGUGGCUGUCCGUGGUACUGAUAGGAUGUAAUACAGUGGGAGGUGGCUGUCCGUGGUACUGAUAGGAUGUAAUACAGUGGGAGGAGGCUGUCCAUGGUACUGAUAGGAUGUAAUACAGUGGGAGGAGGCUGUCCGUGGUACUGAUAGGAUGUAAUACAGUGGGAGGAGGCUGUCCGUGGUACUGAUAGGAUGUAAUACAGUGGGAGGAGGCUGUCCGUGGUACUGAUAGGAUGUAAUACAGUGGGAGGUGGCUGUCCGUGGUACUGAUAGGAUGUAAUACAGUGGGAGGUGGCUGUCCGUGGUACUGAUAGGAUGUAAUACAGUGGGAGGUGGCUGUCCGUGGUACUGAUAGGAUGUAAUACAGUGGGAGGUGGCUGUCCGUGGUACUGAUAGGAUGUAAUACAGUGGGAGGAGGCUGUCCGUGGUACUGAUAGGAUGUAAUACAGUGGGAGGUGGCUGUCCGUGGUACUGAUAGGAUGUAAUACAGUGGGAGGUGGCUGUCCGUGGUACUGAUAGGAUGUAAUACAGUGGGAGGUGGCUGUCCGUGGUACUGAUAGGAUGUAAUACAGUGGGAGGUGGCUGUCCGUGGUACUGAUAGGAUGUAAUACAGUGGGAGGUGGCUGUCCGUGGUACUGAUAGGAUGUAAUAUCUGUGGAGCUGGCCAUGGUACUGAUAGGAUGUAAUAGGAGGGGAGCUGGCCAUGGUAUUGAAAGGAUGUAAUAGGAGGGGAGCUGGCCAUGGUAUUGAAAGGAUGUAAUAGGAGGGGAGCUGGCCAUGGUACUGAUAGGAUAUGAUACAGUGAGGGGAAGUUGGCCAUGGUAUUUAUAGGAUGUAAUACUAGUGGAGCUGGCCAUGGUACUGAUAGGAUAUAAUACGAUGGUGCUGGCCAUGGUAUUUAUAGGAUAUAACAUGAAGGGAGUUGGCCAUGGUAUUUAUAGAAUGCAAUAUGAGGGGAGUUAGCCAUGGUACUGAUAGGAUGUAAUACUAGUGGAGCUGGCCAUGGUACUGAUAGGAUAUAACAUGAGGGGUGCUGGCCAUGGUUCUGAUAGGAUGUAAUAUGAGGGGAGUUGGCCAUGGUAUUUAUAGGAUGUAAAAUGAGGGGAGUUAGCCAUGGUACUGGUAGGAUGUAAUAUGAGGGUGAGGGGGCGGGGGGCGGGGGUGGGAGGGGCAGGCCAUGGUGCUGAUACUAUGUAAUAUGAGGAAGCUGGCCAUGGUGCUGAUAGGCUACAAUACAGUGGGGGAAGCUGGCCAUAGUACUGAAAGGCUGUAAUGGGGGGUGGGGGGCUGGCCAUGGUACUGAUAGGCUGUAAUAUGGGGAAGCUGGCCAUGGUGCUGAUAUGAUGUAAUACAGUGGGGGGGAGCUGGCCAUAGUACUGAAAGGCUUUAAUGAGGGGUGGGGGGCUGGUCAUGGUACUGAUAGGCUGUAAUACAGUUGGGGGCUGGCCAUGGGGGGGAGCUGUAGUGAGGGAGAGCUGGCCAUGGUACUGAUAUCCUGUAAUACAGUAGGGGGAAGCUGAACAUGGUACUGAUAGGCUGUAAUACAGUGAGGGGAGCUGGCCAUGGCACUGAUAGGCUGUAAUACAGUGAGGGGAGCUGACCAUGGCACUGAUAGGCUGUAAUACAGUGGGAGGAAGCUGGCCAUGGUACUGAUAGACUCUAAUGGGGGGGGGGGUGACCAUGGUACUUAUAGGCUGUAAUACAGUGAGGGGAGCUGGCCAUGGCACUGAUAGGCUGUAAUACAGUGGGAGGAAGCUGGCUAUAGUACUGAUAUGCUGUAAUAUAGUGAGGGGAAGUUGGUCAUGGUACUGAGAGGCUGUAACACAGUUGGGGGCUGGCCAUGGGGGUGCUGUAGUGGGGAGGGGUGCUGGCCAUAGUACUGGUAAGCUGUAAUACAGUGAGGAGGAAGCUGGUCAUGGUGCUGGUAAGCUGUAAUACAGUGAGGAGGAAGCUGGUCAUGGUGCUGGUAGGCUGUAAUACAGUGGGGGAAUGGCCAUGGCGGGGGAGGCUGUAGUCAUCAUAUCAGAAAUGAGAAUGCAGAGGCAUAAUCUAUAUUAAAACUGCUUCAUUAAGCCAAAGUUGUUUUGGUGCUUAGAAUGUCCUUUAAAACAUUACAGGGCUUCACCCAGAACUCUUUCUGAGAAGCUUCCUGCUUUGCAAAUGAAGUAGUUAAGGCAGGGAAGUGGCACUCAGCAGACCCAGUAAGAAAUCAAACCAUACUUAAAAUGGUUUGAUAACUGACAAUGUGGAGCACCAGGGCCCUCCAGCAUGCUAUAGUGGUUAGGGGGCUGUAAUAAUAUUUUAAAAUAAGAAUAUAAUGAAAUGAUGGUGGACAAAUGCCAAAAUUGUCACUUGAACACUAUAUUUUAAUAUAAAUAGAACCUAUGUUAAAUAUGGAAAAAACAUUUUUAUAUAGUGCUUUUCUUCAUAAAGGGGGUCAUAUUGCACUAGUGCAUUUUUUCCAAUUCUAAACAAAUCAACAGGUGAUAUUAACUUUUUUUUUUUUACCUCCACAUUGUUUUGUUUAACUGGCCAUUAAACGUUUUAGUUUACUAAUCAUAUAUUUUAUCUUUCAGACUGAAUGGAUCUCAGAAUCUUGCGUUUAGUGUUUCUUCUGUCACUAGCAGAUCUGGGACGACCAGUGAGCAUUGACUCGGACACCUCGUGCCCCGUAGGAUGCAAUUGCAACUUACUUUCUAUUCAUUGCUGCAGAUCUGAUCAAUAUUUACAAAUUCCAGUCAUCGGUGCUGACAAUAUCACCAAAUUACAAUUGACUAGCUGUCCAAGUUUUGAACUUUCAAGUCAAAGCUUGCGGAAUUUCCCCUUUCUGGAAGAACUGAUCGUUAAAAGUACCCCAAUCACCUACAUCAAUGCCAAUGCAUUUGCUAACUUUCCCAGAUUGAAAAGUUUGUUUCUAAAUGGGUUGAAUCUCAGUACUAACACCAUUCACCCAUCUGCAUUCAAUAAUCUUUCAAUUCAGGAACUGAACUUAAGUAACAACAACUUGAUAAUUAUUCAACAUCAAAUGUUUAGCGGUCUUCAAAAUCUUAGGGUGUUGGAUCUUUCAGUGAACAAGAUCGGUAUCAUUCAGGACCAGGCAUUUGAAAGUCUACAACAGCUGUCUGUGCUUAACCUGGAAAAUAAUAAGUUAAAAACGGUCACCCCCAACUGGUUCAAAGCACUUAGCCAUUAUUCCUCUUUAGAAAUCAGUGUCAAGGGCAAUAACCUAACCAAAGAGUGUAAUUACAGGGGAAUGGAACUAGCAGACAACCAGUGGUUUACAAAGUCCAUAAAACCUAAUGAUUCAUUAACAGAGGCAGAUAUAAAACUCCCGGCCUGCUCCAUACCAAUAAUCAAUAAUAACUACCAAAAUAUAUACAUAAAGGAAUUGUCCUCAGUAAUAAUAUACUGCUCCGCAAAUGGAAUACCAAAGCCUACUUCGACUUGGUUACUUCCUAAUGGUUUAGAUGUUAUGUCAGGAUACCCUUCUUUCUCAGCAGACUAUGGAAAGUUAAAUAUAUCAAGAGUGAAAGCUAGUGACUCUGGUGUCUAUGCCUGUGUAGCUACUAACAGCGAAGGGUCAGCGGUUGCCAUCACAAGAUUGUCUGUAAUCACAAACUCUAGUGCAGUUCUACCAAAUAACAUGCCAUCUAACUCUCCGAACAAGAAGGCUUCUUUGGUUUUAUUGGUAAUAUUUAUUGUAAUCCUGUCGUUAAUACUAGGCUUUGUGAUAUGUUACUUUGUAAAAAUGGUUUACAAAUUGGCAAAGAAAAACAGCAACACUAAUUUUGAAUUUAGCCGUUUUGUUGACACACCCAACAUACUGCAAGUUCCUGAAAACCCACAACCAAUGCCACACUUAUAAGACUGUUUUACUAAUAACAACAAAUGUAAUUUUCAUGUAACGAUCAUCGCUAACGUUAAUGAAGAAUUUGUGGUAUUGUUUUAUUUAAAUAUACUGGUAUUUGCACAUCAACAAACCAGCACAAGACAAAGCUACCUCUUAUUCACAGUGUGUGAUUUAGUUUUUAAUUUAAAUGAGCUGGCAGGUAAAGAUAGCCACACCAACCCCCACUAUUUAUAUACUCCAAUAAACUAUGCUAAUUGAGCGAUUUUCCCAG